AGAUUGCAACAGAGACGAUGGCCUUUUGUGGGGGGCUGGAAAAAGCUUCCUCAGCAUCCUUUGCCCCCUCCUACCAAGGAGAAUCGACCGGCGGCAGCAGCAGUGAGUCCAAAGAGGCCCCAGGGAGUCGGCCGAGCCCCUUUGCCCAUGUGCCACGCGAGGCCCCUCCUUCAGCCAGCCUCCCCUGCCCCGCGGGGCUCCUGCGAAGGAAACUGCAGGCCAAGCAGACGACUCCCCUGCAGGGUGGUGCCACGCGGCUUCCCCAGGUGCCCAGCCUCCCCCAGUCGUGCCCGGCCCCGGGGGCUCUCCAGCAGGGGGGUACCGACCCUUGGGAGACACCCUGGAGGCUCCCCCUCCAGAACGGGGCCCUGGAGUACCCGCUGGAGCACCCAGCCAACCGGUGGCUCUACCUCUCCCCGGGCGCCCCGCAGCCCUUGCAGCAGCAGCAGCAGCAGCAGCAGCCCGCCAGCCCCAGCGGAGACUUCGCCCUGGCGCAGUGGGGCUUCGUGCCCAGCAGCGGGGUCGUCGUGAUGUCGGCCAAGCUGAGCAGAGACAGGGAUGCCCAGCCCAGACUGGCCUGGCCCCCCAACAUCUGCAUCCUGACCCUGGCCAUGAUGAUCGCGGGCAUCCCCACCGUCCCCGUGCCCGGCGUGCGUGAAGAAGACAUGAUCCACGCCGCCCAGCGCUUCAUGGCAGAGAACCUGGAGGCCGGCGAGGGCCCGGCGGACGGGGCCCCCAGCAGGCGGUGGGCAGCCUUGCAGCGCCUUGGCUCGUCCUGCAAGAGGGACCGGCAGCGCAGGCGAGCGGCCCACCGCAGCCUCCUGCCUCUCUUCCUGGCCCAGCUGGAGAAGUAG